CCCGAGCCAGUGGCGGAGGGAAGCUGUUGGAAUGGCCUCCAAAGGGCAAAGUGAGGGUACAGAGCAUCCAUCUGAGCCUCCUGCAGCUCCUCUUCAGAGUAACAGAACAUUUCAAUGGGGAGCCAUACUCGCUGCCGUGAAAGAUCAGCUGCCUUCUCUGGACUCUGACACCUCCACAUCUGAUUGUGAGAGCGAUGGGGAGCUUUUCAUCUUCCAGCGGGAACAGCCAAACCUCAUUCCUGACCUGUCAGAAGAACUGAUGGAGUUUUCCCUGGAAGACUCAAACCUGCAGCAAGCCCAGGAAACGGAAGGAUGCCCAUGGGGGAGCUGGAAUGGAGAUGUGGAAAGUUCUGGCUUUCAGAAAAAAACAGAUGGUGCCCAAGUCAUCAUGAAAGAAGAUGUACAAAUGAUUAAAGUUGAGACUUCCAGUCUUGCCAGCCAUACUGGAGAAAUUCCAAGCCAAAAGGGAGCUGUUAUUGAAAAAUCUCUUGUAGAUUCCACAGAUCACCUUGAAGAGGAAGAACUGGGCAGGAGACAGGCCAGGGAAGGAGGGAACUCUUGGUUUAAUACAACACUGUCUAUGGAAGAGCUGGGCAGUAAAAAAGAGAGAAGAAAGCUGAUAGAGACAAAGAUACUCUCCAAAAUAAUUCUGGAGCCAUCACCAGGUCACCCAGAGCUAGAUAUUAAGCCUCCCUUGCAUGGUGUUAGCAAGAAUCUAGAAAGAAUUGUGAAGGAGGAAACCUCCUCAGACACCCAUGUUCAAGAACUGACCCAUUUGUCGUUGCAGAAUAUUGAGAAGUGGGAUCUAGACAAGAUUCUUGAGGAGCUGGAGCAGCAGAAAGAAAACACUUGUGCAGAAGUUGCUUUGUCCUCAGCAGAUCAUGGGACCUUCAGGAGUAGGUCUGAAAAUGAGCUGAUGGAAAAGCUGGAAGAGUUGUCUGCCAGGCAUUCCAGGACGGUGCCUCCACGCUGCAGGUGGCCACCAGCCAAGCUCUCCUCCUUUCAAGAACAGCAAGAGAAUAAGAAGGAUGUUGCCUUGCUGUCAUCUUCGUGGAGUUCUGGAAGGAUGGAUGUGAUGAGAUUCCAGUGCCUGCCAGAGCCGGGAACCGUGUACAUAGAUUUAAGAGAUGCUAAACCACACAAGUCAGUAACAUCUCCUGAUGAGGAAGAAAGUGCAAGCGACAGCUCCACUGAAGAAGAGGAGACAAUUAAGGACCAAGCAGAAAGGAGAAUGAGGAAUUGCUCAGGGAAAAGCCGGCUACUGCAACAACUCCGUAGAGCCCGGAAAGAAGCCUCAGAGCUUCUUCCUAAAACAUCUAUCCCAGAUGAAAAACUUGAAGGGAUAAAACAGGAUCCAGAAAGUCCAGAAGAGACAGGUUUCUCUAAAAUAAGUCAAAAGCAAUAUUUUAAAGUAAAGCAAGAGAUAAAUAAAGCAAUUCCCAGGACACUGGUGAGAUUGAAACCAGAGAAAAGAAAUAGCACCUUGACAAACCAUGGGGACAACGGAGCUGACAUAGAGAAAGAAAACAAAAUGGAAGCUGAGAAAGUUCAAAGUUCAGGAAAUGCUCCAGAGUCUCCUCUAACUGCGACAGAAUGGCCAAGGACAGAAGAAAGUAAAAGAGAGCUAUCCCAAAAGGAGGAACAGAUGAAAGAGAGACAGAGGAGACAGAGAUUCCAGGAGCAUCUGGAGAGAUUGCAACCUCAGCAGUCAGUUACUGGAAAGCAGCCCAUGGCAGAGAAAACCCCCGUUUUGUUCCACAUGGAAGCUUCUUAUUUGCCAGAUAUUGACACCCUGCCUGGACCAGAAAGUAUGAAAAAUGAGGUGCUACUUAUGAGCAUUUGGCUGUCGAGUUGUGGCCAAGUAGCUCCGGUUCAGCGCCGGGGGCAGGAACCUGACCUGGAGCUGAGAGCAGCCAACAUCUACCAGGCUUUGGUGGCCUGGCUUCUCUCCCUGGUGCCUCCUGUGAGAGUGAAAGCUGGACCCGAGGCUCCCUUUCGGGUGGUGGGGCUGCAGCAGGCCUGGCAGGAGGAUGGCUUGGCCCUCUAUGCUUGUCUGAUGCCAGCAGAUGAGUCUUCAGCCCAGAACAGCACCGAGGUCCAGAAGAUAAAUGCUAAAGAAGAUCUACAAGGAACAUCCACUUUUUACCAGAAGAUUUCUGCAUUUCUAGCCCAUACACGGCUUCUGGAUGUUCUCUGGUGGAGGGCAGAACUGGCCAAUCGCUUCCAAAACCAGCCGUGUCCGCUUCUUCCUGAAAUUCCCUCUGUCCUGCUCAGUUACAUCGCUGCUGUUAAUCCCCAUCCUCAGGCAGUGGAGAAGGUGUUUGCGGUGCCAGGUGGAUUUUACUGGCAGACAGUCGAAACUGAGGAAAAAUACUUCCCUAACGGCAGCGACAUCCAGGCUUGCAGAGAUACAGACACCGAGGUUGCCAUGGUGCUGCUGUUUGAAACUCUCUUCCAAAGUCCCCUGGCCACCCAUCACACCUUGGAGCUGGUACUUGGUUUGGGGCUGGAUGUGUGUGGGCUCCGUCUGCUCUAUCCCCAGCAGGACAUGCUGCUCUCUAGCUCAGAAAAACUGCCUUCUUCCUAUACUUCAAAGGCUGGUGAGGUGCCACCAGUGCUGGCACUGGGCGUGAGGGGGCCGAAAGCCCGCAGCACCUUGCAGAAUGUCAUGGGGCCAUCUGACCCCCAGCUGGCCAGCGUGACAGACUGUGCUUCCAUCAACGCCAUCUACUGCAGGAGCCAAGAGGAACCUCUUCUCUACCUGCCCCACCUGGAGACUCGUGUGCACAGGGAGCUGUGCCUCUGGUUUGGAGGGAGAGCUGCUGCUGCAGCACCGUGGGCUGGUGUCCUAGAUCCGGCUUCCCAGCGCGACAGCACAGCAAGCUCUCAGAGUCCUUCAUCACCUGGGGCAGAAGCAGAUGAAGAAAAGGUCGAUCUCCAAGGCAUGGUGCUGUCUCGACCUCCAGCGAUGCUUGUCGCAACGACCAAAGGAGACAUAGUUCUGGUGGUGUCGCCUGCGGUGUCUCCUCACGCCUACGGUGACGUGAUCUCGGUCUGUACCCGGCGGGGGUUUCUUCUGCAAGGAGUCAGACGGGUGCAGCUUUCCCCCCAGCAAGGCCUUGAGCUGAGCAUGACAACGAGCCAGAUUGCUGUGUUUUGCCCGAGCAAGAUUUCAAGUUCACCUGGUAGUUCUGCAGGAGGAGAGCUCUCUGCUGACCCACGCCUGCACUGUCUCCUUCUGCUGCUGAGAAAGGAGAAUGCUGCUCAUCACCUUCCUGCCUUGGCAAAAGGACUGACAGGGGAACUGGCCAAGCAAGGCCUUCUUGGCAACGAGCAGAGCAGCCAGCCCGACCCCGCUGCCUGCUUCCACGGGGCUCCUUACACCGAGGCCUUGAUGGAGACACUGGGAGGAGACUUCAGUGUGGUGCCAGACCCCCGUAACAUCCUUCUGCAUCUUUUCUGCAAUCGAACGUACGCUUCCGAUCCCGACAUGGAGCAAGUUGUCAUGCUGGCAGUGGUUGGAAUGGAGGCCAUGAAGAGUGCUGGAGACCUCCUUCACCACAUCCUUCUUCCUGGGGGCAAUAAUCCAUCUCAGAGUGCAGCUUUGCUCCCUGAUAAAGAGGAACAUAAAAUAACAGGAACAUAA